GGGGUGAGGCAAGUGAGCCCUGUGGCCCUUACGUCGCACAUUUCCAGGAAUGCCGUUUACGCUCACACACAGACGCAUACAGAAGACCACUUAUAACUCAAUGGGACCACAGGAGGGCAAGUCUUACGUGGCAAUUACACUGACGAUAGAGAGAUAACGUCAAACUAACACAGGGCAUAAAACAGCAUAAAACACAGACGAAAUGUAUCAGUUACACCAGCUACCAUCUGACAUUACACAUACACUCUUACCAGACACAAAAGGAUGCAUGACAUGAACGGUAACGAGUAAUUCACCAGUCCAACACUGAGGUAUGCAGACAGGCUACUCAAGUCUCUCGCCCGGAAGUUCCGCUAGCCCUCCCCCAGCACGCUAUAACACCCUUUACUGUUGGGUCCUGCACAUCACUACUACAGUUCCAAGUUUGAGUUUUAGGUGGGUGACGUGAGGAGGAACACACAAAUCCACCCGUAAAACACACGUCGUAUCACCAGCGCCGCCAGGCCAUCUCCACAGCUGCUGAUCUGGUAUGCGCAGCUCUGUGUGGAGGCAGAAUUAUGCUGCUCUGUGCUUUCAAUCAGUCGGGGGCCGCCUACGGUGGAAAUGUGACAACUGGGAGAACUGAUCCCGGUCGAGCCGAUGCAAAACAUUUUCAAAUACGUGAAGGUGUCUCAAUCUCACCCUAGUGCCAAACUCCCACACCGUCUUAAUUGAAGUAUAUCGCACACUUGGAUAAAAAGUGCAACCCGAGACGGUGCGGUAGAUGUAUCGGCUGUGGAGAGCCCAGCAUGAAGAAAGCGGGGCGGCCAGCGGUGUCUAAGGCUCCUGGAGGAAAGACGGAGGCAGCCGCCCCUGGCCCUACACCUAAAGCCCCUGCCAAGACAUCCAACGCCACUGCCACCACCACUCCUACCACCACUACUCUGGACAAGGCUAAGAGCCACGAUGAUCUCCUAGCGCCCAUGGCGGGGGGGUCGGGGGGGUCGGGGGGGGCUCCAGCAGCUAAUGGCGCUGUCACCAAGGUGAAGAAGAGCAGCACUAAUCUCCCGGCCUCAUCAGGCAGCAGCACGGAGAACAAGGCCAAAGCCAACUCAGCCAGACGAACCUCGUCCUCCACCUCCAAGGAUCCCAGCUCAUCCCGGGAGCGCUUGCGGACCUCACGGACUGCCGCAGGGAAGAAAACGGGCUCCGGUGGUGCGGAUGGUGUCCAGCCCAAACGCUCGCGGGCCCAGGCCCUGGCCACCGACGCAGACAGCCGGAUGAGCAAGUCCAAAUCGGACGGGCAGCUGAGCGAUAAGGUGGCGCUGGAGACCAAGGUGAAAGACCUGCUGGGCGUGGCCAGGACUAAAGACGUGGAGAUCCUGCAGCUGCGGGGCGAGCUGAGGGACCUGCGCGUGCAGCUGGGCCUCCCCGAGGAGGAAGAGGAGGAGGAAGAGGAGGAGGAGGAGGUGGUGGAGCAGCAGCAGCAGCAGCAGCAGCAGCAGCAGCAGCCGCAGAGGGAGGCGCAGGCUGUGAUCAGCGCUGCCGAUGUGGAGUCCACCCUGCUCCUCCUGCAGGAGCAGAACCAAGCCAUCAGGAGCGAGCUCAACCUGCUCAAGAGCGAGAACCGCAUGCUGAAGGAUCGGCUCAACGCUCUGGGCUUCUCCCUGGAGCAGAGGCUGGACGGGGCUGACAAGCUGUUUGGGUACCCCUCCCUCAGUCCUGACCCCGCCUCCUCAGGUAUUGGGGGCGGGGCUAUGGCCUCCUCUGCUGAAGGCUCCGCCCCCGGGUCCAUGGAGGACCUGCUGACUGAGGGACAGCGCAGCGGCUCCGUGGACAACCUCGACAGCGAGUCCAGCGAGGUAUACCAGGCAGUCACUUCCAGCGACGAUGCCCUGGACGCCCCGUCGGGCUCCUCGUCGUCCUCAGAGUCGGAGGGCGUGCCCGGGCACGAGCGCUCGCGGAAGGGCAGCAGUGGCAACGCCAGCGAGGUGUCGGUGGCCUGCCUGACGGAGCGCAUCCACCAGAUGGAGGAGAACCAGCACAGCACCGCGGAGGAGCUGCAGGCCACGCUGCAGGAGCUGGCCGACCUCCAGCAGAUCACUCAGGAGCUCAACGGAGAGAACGAGCGCCUGGGAGAGGAGAAGGUGCUGCUGAUGGACUCGCUGUGCCAGCAGAGCGAUAAGCUGGAGGCGUGUGGGCGCCAGAUCGAGUACUUCCGCUCGCUGCUGGACGAGCACUGCGUGGCCUACUCCGUGGACGAGGACAUCAAGAGCGGCCGCUACAUGGAGCUGGAGCAGCGCUACGUGGACAUGGCCGAGAACGCGCGCUUCGAGCGGGAGCAGCUGCUGGGCGUACAGCAGCACCUCAGCAACACACUCAAGAUGGCCGAACAGGACAACGCAGAGGCCCAGGGGGUCAUACAGGCUCUGAAGGACCGUAACCACCACAUGGAGCGCGUGGUGGAUCAGGAGCGCGGGGAGCGCGUCGCCAUGGCAGCGGCCCUGGAGGAGCGCAAGGUGGCGGUGAGCGGGGAGCAGGCGGAGUUGAGCCGCUGCCGGGCGCAGCUGGAGCAAGAGCGCCACCAGGUGGCGGAGCUGUACUCCCUGCACAACCCCGGGGACCAGGGCCACAUCCGCCAGCUGCUGGAGAACGCGCGUCUCCACAAGGAGGAGGCACAGCUCCACGCCAGCAAGCUGCAGGACCAGCUCAGCCACACGCGCACCGAAGUCAGCCACCUGCAGGGCACGCUCAGCAAGCUGGACGGGGAGUACCGUGAGUUCCAGGGGGAGGUGCAGAGCGAGCUGACGGAGCAGAAGCGGGCGCUGGAGCAGCAGCGGGGGGUGCUGCAGGAGCGCGACGCCCAGAUCAGCGACAUGAAGGACACCAUCUUUGAGCUGGAGGACGAGGUGGAGCAGCACCGCGCCGUCAAGCUCCACGACAACCUCAUCAUCUCCGAGCUUGAGAACUCUGUGAAGAAACUACAGGAUCAGAAACACCACAUGGAGCGAGAGAUUAAGAUCCUUCACCGUCGCCUGAGAGAGGAGUCUGCAGAGUGGCGUCAGUUCCAGUCGGACCUGCAGACAGCGGUGGUCAUCGCCAAUGACAUCAAGUCUGAGGCGCAGGAAGAGAUCGGGGAUCUACGGCGCCGCCUACAGGAGGCCCUGGAGAAGAACGACAAACUGGCCAAAGAGCUGGAGGAGGUCAAAAACCGCAAGCAUGAAGAGGAGCGUGGUCGUGUGUAUAACUACAUGAAUGCGGUGGAGAGGGAUCUGGCUGCUCUGAGGCAGGGGAUGGGACUGAGCCGCCGCUCCUCCACAGCCUCAGAGCCCUCGCCCACCGUCAAGACACUCAUCAAGAGCUUCGACAGCGCUUCACAAGGUCCGGUACCCACCUCUCCUGCUGGUGGUGCUGAUGUUGCUGCUGUUGCAGCUGUUGUUACCACGGUGACGGCCACCCCUUUGCCCCGCACCCCUCUCAGCCCCAGCCCCAUGAAGACCCCGCCUGCUGCCGCCGUGUCCCCCAUACAGAGGCACUCCAUGGCGACUUCUGUAGCCGCAGCCAAACCCCUCUCCUCCCUCUCCGACAAGAGACCCAGCUACACAGACCUCACUAUGCCCACUGAUCAUCUGUUGCGGGCAGCAUCCAGUGGUCGUCCAGCCCCAGCACUGCAGAGAGUCUGUAACAUGGACUCCACCAAAGCCAUCUCAGUCUCUCGCAGGAGCAGUGAAGAGGUUUCGGCCCCUGAGGGAGGCUCUGGCACGUCUCUGAUGGCUGCCACACGCAGCAGACUCAGGGAGGAGCGGAAGGACCCGUUAUCUGCCCUGGCGCGAGAGUACGGGGGUUCCAAGAGAAACGCGCUGUUGAGGUGGUGCCAGAAGAAGACGGAGGGAUAUCAGAACAUUGACAUCACUAACUUCAGCAGCAGCUGGAACGACGGGUUGGCCUUCUGUGCUCUCCUGCACACCUACCUGCCCGCCCACAUCCCCUACCACGAGCUUAGCAGCCAGGACAAGAGACGGAACCUUACCUUAGCCUUCCAGGCAGCAGAGAGUGUGGGCAUCAAGUCCACUCUGGAUAUUAAUGAGAUGGUUCAUACUGAGAGGCCGGACUGGCAAAGUGUCAUGACCUACGUCACGGCCAUCUACAAAUACUUCGAGACAUGAGUCUGUCUUCUUCUAUCAGGUCUCCAUGGAAACUACACUAAACUAAAUACUUCGAGACAUGAGUCUGUCUUCUUCUAUCAGGUCUCCAUGGAAACUACACUAAACUAAAUACUUCGAGACAUGAGUCUGUCUUCUUCUAUCAGGUCUCCAUGGAAACUACACUAAACGAAAUACUUCGAGACAUGAGUCUGUCGUCUUCUAUCAGGUCUCCAUGGAAACGACACUAAGCUAAACUCUCACUCAUCUCUAGGACUUGACUGCCUUGUCCGCUGACCUCAAUGAACCAAAUACACACAGCAUUGACCAUUUACCGUUUACCUCUGCAGUCCUCUGCACCACACCACACAGACAGACCAACUAUUUUAUACUCCAGUACCCCAACACCUCAAUACCCAUCAGUCCCCCCAUCCGUCAGAACCCCCCAACACCCCGUCCCAUCAGUACACCAACCCAUCAGAACCUCAAUACCCCAAUCCUCCAGUACCCCAACACCCAAACCCUUCAGUACCUCAGCGCCUCUGUCUGAAGAAGAGUUGCUCCACUCACAACUCUCUCCCCUCCCCCCCCCCCCCUUCCGGCUGGAUCCACAACAAACAUCCCUGUGUCUCACACCUGUCCUGGACUUCUGCAUAACAGGCUGAACUCAGACACAGACUGAACGCUUACUGAAAGGGAUCCACAGGGGGAGAAGCUUGAGGCCAGCCCAGACCUGGAUAUGGAGAGGCGGGGCAAGGGCAGGCAGGCGGGGCGAGGGCGGGCCGGGCGGGGCGUAGUGCUUCCCCACUGGUCUGCAGCCCCCAGCAGGGUCCGAGUGGAACCCCAAAGAAAGAACACUACUGCAUGUGGACAUUCAGCUGCAAUUAAACUCCUUUACUGCAGACACCCUUGGACUUCUAACCCUCAUAAGCUACAUGAUGUCACAAUAUCUGUGGAAUAAAGUCAGCUGAUGUGGAAGGAGAGGCUGGCCACGUCUAAAAGGGACCUCAUGCCUGUUGGAGGAGGAGGAGGAGGAGGACGAGGAGGAGGAGAAUGUUUCUGCAGCCCAAUACCAAGCUCUGCUCCAUUCUUUCCUCACCACAUACACUGUACAUAACUACAAAAGCAUUCCUAUGCACAAGAACACUGUUUAGUGCUUUUGUACUUGUUUGUACUUACAUUUGAGCACAAACUGGAGUUGGCUUUUUUGAAGGACAGACUGAUGACUUGAGCCAGUUCAGCCCUUGACUACAUUCCAGCGCCUUCACACACACAUUAUGCACACCUUUAAAUAAACAGCGCCUUCACACACACACACACAUCAUGCACACCUUAAAUAAA